AUGUCGUCUUCUUCUACAUCAGUCCCGGCCAACAAGCGCCUGGACAUGGAUGGCCACGAUCUUCCUCCUUCGCCCACUCCCUCCAGCCCCAGCAAUGGCAAGAACAAGUACUCUCUCGCAACUGAGCUCGUCUACACCGAGUCCAACGACCAGUACAAUGCUAGCAGCGUCCCCAUUUAUCAGUCCGCAACUUUCAAGGGCGAGGGCAACGAGUACGACUACACUCGUUCCGGCAACCCUACCCGUACCCAUCUCGAGCGUCAUCUGGCCAAGAUCAUGAACGCCCACCGCGCGCUGGUCGUGUCGUCGGGCAUGGCUUGUCUUGACGUUAUCACCCGUCUUCUUCACCCCGGUGAUGAGGUUGUCACCGGUGACGACCUCUACGGCGGAUCCAACCGCCUCCUCAAAUACCUCUCGACCCACGGCGGCAUCGUCGUUCGUCACGUCGACACCACAAACCCCGAUUCAGUUGCUGCUGUGCUGUCUGAAAAGACUGCCAUGGUCCUCCUCGAGUCCCCCACGAACCCUCUCAUGAAGGUCGUCGACAUCCCUACUCUGUCCUCGCUUGCCCACAAAGCGAACCCAAAGGCGCUCGUCAUUGUCGACAACACUAUGCUGUCUCCCUACCUCCAGAACCCGCUUGACCUGGGUGCUGAUGUUGUGUACGAGAGCGGCACCAAAUAUCUGUCUGGUCACCACGAUGUCAUGGCUGGUGUUAUGGCCACCAACAGCCCUGAAUUGGGUGACAGACUCUACUUCCCCAUCAACGCCUCGGGAUGCGGUCUUAGUCCUUUCGACUCUUGGUUGCUCCUCCGUGGUAUCAAGACGUUGGCCGUUCGCAUGGAAAAGCAGCAGGCCAACGCUAUGGCCAUUGCCAGAUACCUCGAGGGUAACGGAUUUAAGGUCCGCUACCCUGGUCUCAAGUCGCACCCCCAAUACGACCUUCACUGGUCUCAAGCCCGUGGCGCUGGAGCCGUCCUUGCCUUUGAGACUGGAUCCACCACCAUUUCGGAGAGAAUUGUCGCAGCCGCCAAGAUCUUUGCCAUCUCGGUCUCUUUCGGUUGCGUCAACAGCUUGAUCAGCAUGCCUUGCCGCAUGAGCCAUGCCAGCAUUGAUCCUGCUACCAGAAAGGAGCGCGCAUUGCCUGAAGACAUCAUCCGUCUUUGCAUUGGUAUCGAGGAUGUGGGCGACUUGCUUGACGACCUCCAACAAGCUCUGGUCAGAGCUGGUGCUGUGAAAAUCACACCAGACGGCAUUGAGCCUCUCGACGUUCCCGAGGGCGAGACCAAGCAGACCAAAGAGCUGACUGAUGAGCCAUGA